AUGGAGGCCAUGCAAACAAUCGACCGAAUCAUUGGCAAUGUCGUCGAGCAGUUGGAGGGUCUAAUUGUGGAGUUGCCGACCAAUGACAAGACCAUCAGAACUGGUCGCUACUACAACAAAGCUGUGUCGGGUGAGUUUCUUCUCUUUUUGUUUGUGAAUUUUAAGUUAACAUUGGAGAUUUGGAAAUUUUUUAAUAGUAUACUUGUCUUCAGCUCAAGAUUUCAAGAGUCAUACGGAUGUUCCAGUGCCAAGACCUGGUUUCGAGGAUGUACCGACAGAACAGUCUUCAGUGAGUUUGGAUUUGAAGGUUUCCACUCCACCAUUAUCGAAGAACAAGCGCGCCAAGUCCAAAGAAGCUGCUCCGCCAGUUGAAGGUAAACCAAUGUCAAAAAAGCGGUUGAGCCUGAACUCUCACCCUUUUCUGAAGUCUCCCCCAAUCUGAACUCUCCCUUUUUCAACUCUUCCCCAAAAAACGCGGAACUCUCCUGUUGAAAAAAAUUAGGUGUGACAUGUUAUACGAUGAAAUUUUUUUUUCAAAUUGAGAAAAAUUAGGUGUGACAUCUUAUACGAUCUUUUUUUAAUUUGAAAAUUUUCAUCGUAUAAGAUUUCACACCUAAUUUUUUCAAUUUUCAAAAUGAGGGGGAGUGUUCAAAAAGGGGGAGAGUUCAGAAAAGGGGGAGAGUUCUGCCGCAACGCAAAGAAGCCUAACAUUACCGCUGAAUCGAAGACCAAUUGCUUUCAGAUAUUCCUGACAUCACUACGAGCCCUGUGGAGUUCAAAAAAUCUUCCGGUAUCUGUUCUGCCACCAUCUCAACCAGCUUGAUUAGCUCUUCGGAUAGCGACAGUGUUCACAUGGAUUCGGUCAGCAGAACCACGUCCACUCCAAUCAGUAUCUCCACCAGCACUUCAGAGAGCAUCCGUACGGUCAAGAAUCGGCGGGUGCGCAGGGCUCGGAGUGUUACGGAUGAGGUGUGCAAGCGUUGUGGAAAGAAGGUGAAUAUUUGUCAGUUUUUGGUAAUAUUGCGUCAGAGGAUUGACCUGGGCGUUAUGAGAGGGGACGAAGGGUGGUUUUGAAGAAUUUUUGAUUGUUUUAUGGAAUUUUCUAAGAUUUUGAGAUCAAGUUUAAUAUAAAUCUCACCUAAAAAUUUAAAGAAAUAAUAUUCUUUACUGAUGUCAUAAUCAACAUUUUUCAGAGAUUACCCAUCGAUCUGAACCCUUUGGUCACUCAUCCAUUUGCUUUUCCCGAAGAUGGGAUCAGAUGCUUGCCCCGAAAGACCGACCUCAUCUACGAAGAACUCAACAAGCGCUCGUUGCUUUUGAUCCGAGAGAUUGACGCGCAGGACGCUGACCGUCUGAAGUCGCGCUUCGUGAACGGGAAAAGCUACAAUUCCAAGGCUCCGGGAGGAAAAAACAUGGUGCAGCGCAAGAGCAGAAUCUCCGAAGAGAGAUUACAGUGCCAUCGUCAACGUUAG